AUAUUUGCAUUGGAUCCUUCGCCGAAGUGGGUUUAAAGCCUCCCACCUUCUCUUUCUCUCUCUCUCUCUUUUAAGAACAUCUCGUUGGCUAAAGUCCAAAGAAAGGCUGAAAGAAAUCGCUUAAAAAACUACAACAGAUGGUGAUUUUAUGAUUAUAUUCUCAGGCAAUUACAUUUUUAUAUCAUCCAUUUUUGGUCUUCACAUGUACUCUGAUCAGUUCAAGUCACUUUCAUUCAUGGGUGUCUCCGAUUCUCAGAUGUUUCUCUCUGAGAAAGAUCUCAAUGCCAUGGAAUUCAACUUCCUAGUACCACCCACGUUGGAAUUUCAAGAAGAUCAUCAAAAGCCAGAAGAAGAAGAAGAAGAAGAAGAAAAGAAGAAGAAGAAGAUCAAAAUUCCUUCUGUUAUUGUAGGAAAAUUCAGAGACGUCGAAGAUGAUGAAGAUGGGUUCAAGACUCCAACUUCUUUGGAUCACAAAAUCCCAGUGAUCCUUCAGUGCCCGCCUGCACCAAGAAAACCCAAAACUAUUCCAUUGACAAAACGAAAAGCUACUCGACAAAGAAUUCUGCUUGAUCUGUCAAACGACAUUGAAGCAUUAUUUCCUCCAGCUCUUCUAGUAGAUCUUAGUCGUGGUAAGAUCAAGAAAAUUAGACAAGAACAAGAUGAAACCAUAUCAUGAUCGAUGGUUUUAUAUAUAUGUUAUGUGAAGCUCAUCUUAUGUUCUCUCUCUCUCUCUUUUUUUUUUUUUUUUAGUGGAAUUUUCCACAUAGAAUGGCAUUAAUUCUCUACCUAUGGAAAUGAUAUGUUGUCAUC